UCAGAAAAUGCUUCAAAAGCUUCCAGAUUGGAUUACAUCUCGUUGGAAUCGUCAUGCAACAAAGCAACUACAACAAAGAGAAGAAUAUCCUACAUUUAAAGAAUUUGCUGAGUUCAUGGUGCAGGAAGCAGAAAUUGCCUGUAACCCCAUGACAUCACUUAAUGCUUUAAAACAUGUGGAAGAAAGGCCCUCUCGAGAUAUUAAGCGUUCACAAGCUAAUGCAUUUAUCACAGACAUCAAUGCAACAGAUAGUGCCCAAAAGAACAGCUUUAAUGAAAACAAUGUGUCAAACACAUCCUCCUACUCAAUGAAAUGCACAUGCUGUGGUGAAGGUCAUUCCAUCCACAAAUGCCAGACGUUUGCCAGUAAGCCUGCAGAGGACAAGAGACAGGUCAUAUUUGACAACAAUCUCUGCUUUGGCUGCCUUAGAAAAGGGCAUAGCUCGAAAGACUGCAAACAAAAGGCUACCUGUAAAAUAUGUAAGAAACAUCAUCCAACGGCACUACAUGAAGACCGUCCACCAGCAGAUAGAGUUCCAAAUGUUUGGCAGGUUGAGGAGAAAACAUCUUCCCUGUCUUGCUGUGCAGAUAGAGGUGAUGGUGGGAGCACAUCUAUGAUAGUGCCCGUCUGGAUUUCUUCAACGAAGACUCCUGAAACAGAGAGACUUGCAUAUGCUUUACUUGACACUCAGAGUAGUAACACCUUUGUAGAUCAAGAGGUGUGCCAAAUGCUAGGAGCAAGCUCAGAGCCAGUAAAGUUAAAGCUGAACACUAUGAUGGGAAAAGACUCCAUUAUUCAGAGUGCAAGAGUUAGCAGUCUUAGAGUAAGAGGGCUAUCAUCCAAAGAUUGGAUCAACUUGCCGCCUGCAUAUACUACAGAUUUCAUUCCCCUUGAGCGCUCCCACAUUCCCACACCAAAAACUGCUGAGAGGUGGAAUCACCUGAAAGGAAUGGCACAGAAAAUACCAGAAUUAAUGGACUGCAAGGUGGGACUUCUCAUAGGCUAUGAUUGUUCCAGAGCAUUAGCUCCACGCUCAGUAAUUACUGGAAGAGAUGAUGAACCAUAUGCCAUCAAAACCGACCUGGGCUGGAGUAUUGUCGGAAACUCAUCUCGAGGUGCAAGGUCAACCGAGGUAACUGGCCUGUGUCACCGCAUAGCAGUCAAAGAACUUCCACCAUUGACACCAGCUACCGUAAUCAAAGCCCUUGAGUUUGACUUCAGAGAUAGUAACCACCGUGAAAGGAGCAUAUCACAAGAUGAUAUACACUUCAUGCAAUUGCUGAACAGGACGGUUCAUCAAAACGCAGAUGGGCACCUGGAGAUGCCAUUGCCCUUUAAGACACGCCCACAACUGCCAGAAAACAAGAGGCUAGCUCUGGUGCGACUGAAACACUUGAAAAGAAAACUUGAUAAAAACUCAAAAUUCAAAGAAGACUAUGUUCGAUUCAUGGAGGGCCUAUUCAAUGAUGGCGAUGCGGAAAGGGCUGAAGACGAACUUGUGCCAGGAAAUGUGUGGUAUGUCCCACAUCACGGGGUUUACCACCCAAGGAAGCCAAACAAAAUAAGGGUGGUGUUUGACUGCUAAGUACGAGAGCACAGCGUUGAACGAUCACUUACUGACUGGACCUGAUCUAGCAAAUGGAAUGACGGGUGUCCUCUGCAGGUUCCGCAGACAUUCAGUUGCAGUUAUCUGUGAUGUUGAAAAGAUGUUUCAUAGGUUUCAUGUGAGCCCUGAUGACAGAGAUUUCCUUCGUUUCCUUUGGUGGGAAGGUGGGGAUACGAACGCGGAGCCAAAAGAGUUUCGAAUGAAGGUACACCUCUUUGGAGCUGCUUCUUCACCUGGCUGUGCAAAUUACGGACUGAAAUAUCUUGCCAGUCAGCAUGAAAGGGAGUAUCCUGCAGCUGCCGAGUUCAUCAAGAAGAACUUUUAUGUUGAUGAUGGCCUAGCCAGUGUGGAAUCUGAGGAUGCAGCCAUCCAGUUAGUGAGAGAAGCACAAAGCCUGUGUGAAAAGGGAAAAUGCAUCUCCAUAAGUUCAUUUCAAACAGCAGAGAAGUCUUAGAGUCAAUCCCUGAAAGCGAACGGGCAGGUGGAGAUCAGGAUGUGGAUCUCAGCCUCGGAGAGCUUCCCAUGCAGACAGUGUUAGGAGUAAGGUGGAGUGUAAGCAGUGACAAUUUCUCCUUUAAAGUCAGCCUCGAUGAAAAACCAGCGACACGCCGUGGAAUCCUCUCCACUGUAGCCUCAGUUUUUGACCCCCUGGGCUUUCUGGCCCCCUUUCUGCUGCUGGGGAAGAAAAUACUGCAGGAGAUGUGCCAGAAAGGAAGCUCAUGGUGGGAGACCCUGAAGUAAGGACGAUACAGGUUUUACACACACAAGUAAAGAACAAAGAAAGUUUUCUAGUCAUGCUUGAGCGCCUUUCAAAAUGGCAUACUGCCUUAAACGUUGUAGCUCGGAUCAAGCGCUUAGCAAAAAGAACCAAAGAGACCGGCUCAGUCAGUGUUGAAGAGAGAAGGAGUGCCAGUCUGGCGCUCAUAAAUCGGGCACAAAAUCAGUGCAAAUAGGAAAUAGGAUUCUAGACAAAGGGGAUCAAAUGCUUACUAAUUCAUCAAUACUUGCACGUCCCAUUCAUAAAUUAGUUGUACUCAUAGAAAGCAAAUGAGAUGUUUGUCUGUAGUUCAUUUAAAACCCCCAUACAGUUAUAGUGAGAAUCGAGAAGGCCAUGAGUUAAAGGUCUUACAUGUGUUCAUAAUUGAUUAAGAAGUUACAAGAUUUAUUUGAAUGUAUCAUAAAUUAUAGUAACUGGUGGGAGUGUAACUGUCUCAGAGACAGUCUGGACAUUACAGAGAUUUAAAUAUGUAUUUACAUUAAUUGUUUAAUUCAUGAUUUUAUUCUUUGUUUAAAAAUGAUUUACGUUGUGCUGUUAAAAAUAGAUAUUGUGUCAUUGCUUUAUGUUAAGAGUUUGUUUAAAUAUCUAUCCCAGGGAAUUAUGGGAAAACGCGCCAAAGGAGAUAUAAACCCAGUCACGGACUCAUGGGUUUCAGAAGAAGAUGGACUCUGUAUUAGGUUUAUGGCGCUAACGUUGUCACGUUGUUUUUUCUGUUUAUUAAAGUUGAACGUUUUAGAGAGAGAGAGAGAGUUUAAAAGGAAAAUAAAUAUACAAAAAGACAUCAGUA